GAAGAGCAAUCGACAAAAGAGCUUCUUCAAAGCCAUUUUCAUACCUCUCUAGUCUCUUCCAAAUUAUCUAAAGACACAACCAGAGGACCCAUUCCAAAUAGUAUGGUUGGUCCAUCCAUUAACUCCCGUAACGUUCCUCUUAAAUUCCUUUGUAGUUAUGGUGGCAAGAUUAUCCCCCGUCACACCGAUGGCAAACUCCGUUACUAUGGUGGUGAAACUCGUGUCCUCUCCGUUCAUCGUUGCAUUUCUUUUGCAGAGCUAAUGGUGAAGCUAGGGGAGAUGUGUGGAGCAUCAGUGAGUUUAAGGUGUCAAUUGCCAAAUGAAGAUUUAGAUGCUCUUGUGUCUAUCACAUGUGAUGAAGAUCUAGCCAAUCUCAUUGAAGAAUAUGAUCAUGCUUCAACUCUCAAGAUCAGAGCUUUUUUGUUACCACCUAAAUCUACAAAACUAAAACUUGUAUCUCCUCCACCUUCCAUUUCUUCCACCUCAUCCACCAACACCACCAUUAGCAAUCAUGAUGCCACGUCACCAGACUCAUCAUUUUCUUCCACAUCUGCUAGUCCUUCUACUACCAUCAACUCAUCAAAAUAUCAAAAUUGUCCAAAAUCAUAUAAAGAGACAUCAUAUUUAGAGACAUCAUAUUCGUGCGUCCGUCAUACUAGAACAAGAUCAUUACCGGUGAUGUUUCACGAGAAAGUUGCCGGAAAAGUUCCUCAAUAUGCUUACCGUGGUCAUGGGAAUAAUAGUGGCCAUAUUUACUUGAUUCACCAUGGCCCCACUGGCAAUAAUAGCAACUACUUUCCACGGACAAGGGAGAGCAAAUCGGACUACUCGGAAUAUAUAUACUUUUAUAAAGAAAAAGAAAAAAGAAAACCCCAUCAAAAAAGAAAAUAGAGGAUGGACGAAUAUAUAAUAUAUUUGAUGUAAGAAGAGUGUAUGUGAUUAACAGGAUUGGUAUAUAUUUUUGUAUCAAUCCGUUCUUAGCAAAUUCAAUUGAAAUAUAAAUGAGUCCCAAUUUUUUGAUAAUUCACCAUUGAUAUAUAGUACUCUGUGUAUGGUGCAAAUUUUUGGGCACAUUGGUUAUCAAUAAUAUGACUAUAAUUUCGGCAUAAAAUUCAGUAUUAUUUUAUAAUUCGUAAAAAAAAAAAAAGGAGGUCAAUUUUUCCUAUUGCCAAAUCCUAGAAGUGAUGGAGUCAUCAUGUGUGAUUCUCUAUCUUCUUCUUUACUUGUCUGACACCUGCUGAUACUGUCAGAUGGAUCUAGGAUUUUAGUUCUAUAGGUUCAACAUUUAAAAUUAUCUGUUCAUAUGUACUAUUUAUUGCAAUUUUGUAAUUUUUUGCACGUAAAUUUAUGUUCUGCAUUGAAAGCACUGGGUUCAGUUAAACCCGGUAGUUGUAUGCUGUAUCCGCCACUAGAUACUGUUUAUUCCCGUAUUUAAUUUCCUUCCCUUCUGUAAUCAAUUUUACCUCUUUAAUUAAUAUUUUGUAUAUCUGUUCAUUUUCUCUUUGUUUGUAUAUUGUACUAUGAUAUAUAUCGUCUCUUCCUUUUGUUUCUUUUGCUAAUUAAGUAUCUAUCUUGUUUUGUGUAUUGCAGGUAUAGGAUGAAAUGCAAUUAACGGGAAAUUUCUAGUGACCUCAAGAUCGAUAUUAAAUGCCGCACAUAGGUGGCAUGGGUGUCGAAGCAGUAAAGAAGAAUGAUGUGCAGAGAAGAUAUGAGUAACACCCACGGUAUCGCCUACAAAAAUAGUAUGCAUGUUAGUUGGAAAAGAGGAAAUAGGUAUGAGGUUACAAAUUAAGGAUAUUAGAAGUCACAUAGAUAAAAAGAUCAUUAAUAACCACGAAUAUGGAAAGAAGUCAGUUGAAUCCCAAAUUAUGCGCGAUUGAUAAUUACCACUUUAACCAUUACAAAUCACCCGCAUAAUAGGCAAUUAAUGUAAUAAAUAUUAGUAACAUGCAGAUAUUAAAUAGGGCAAGCGGUUAUCAAUUGUACCCUUAUAUAAAUCCUCUUUCUAUAUCUUGUAUCCCCCGAGAAAACUACAAGGAAAUACUAUUAAUUGGCAAUAUUCUUGUUAUUCUCUGUCA